AUGGCGUAUUUUACGAGCAGGAAUUUGGUGCCGUCUCAGUUCAACAUCUGGAUGGGGCACAGUUGUGUAGGAAGUAGCACCGGCUUGCACCAUGAUUUUCACGACAACUUUUAUUGCCUCGUGCGAGGACGGAAAGAAUUCAGGCUGUACAGCCCUCGUCUUUGUGAGCUCCUGCGCACCCAAGGCAUGGCCAAGCCGUUAAGUGCUCCUUCUGUCCACCCCAAUGGCUUAAUUUCGUACAUCAGAGGCAUCCGAGAAGACGGCGCGCAUGAACUGUCUGUCCUUCGAACUCGUCAGCUCACUCUUGAGCGAACAACAAAUGCGCUGCGAGAACAACUGGCCGGUUGCGAAAAGAGGCUGCAAGCGGCUUCAGAGGGAAAGAACACUACAGAACUGAAGAUGGAAGCAAAAAAACUGAAAGACAUGCUGGACCAUGCCGAGUCAGAGCUUGAUCAUUGCCUCGAGGCAGCACUCGAUGCAGCGGCUUACGAAAGCGGCGUCGAUGAUGAUGACUCUACAUCAAACGACAGCGAGCUGAUGGAGGGUCGCCUGGUGCAAGAAGGAGCGUAUCCGGAUCACUUCUGUCUUACAGGCACGGAACAGCCAUGUACAACAUCGUGGGACGGGCCGCUGAACGCCGCCAAUGUAUUGAAGAGAUUCUGGAGUGUGUGGGUUGAAGAAGGAGAUAUUUUGUACCUUCCGGCCAGCUGGUUUCACGAGGUCAUCUCAUACUCUUCGGGCACCCAGAAAGACUCAGAGAAACUCAGCGGAACGCCUGCUGACACAAAAGACAGUGUUCAUUUGGCAUUCAAUAUCUGGAUGCACCCUCCAUGCUUAGAUGGUACAUUUGAAAAGCCGUACAUUGACGGCUACUGGGCCCAGCACGCUGCCCAGCAAGUUGAAAAGCAGAAGGCGGCAUCAGUUAGUGCACUUGUUUACAACCAGAAGUACUUAAGGGCCUUCCCUUUACAGCGACAUACUGCACAGCAAGAUGAACGCUCGCAUCAACAAGACUCUAGUGGUGGUGCACAUGGCAGUCGCUUGGCGUGCCAUAUACCAUAUAGUGCCGACGAUGCAGAAGCUGUGAUAUCUCCACCGAAAUGUGUGCGAAUAAACGUUGAUUUGGGCAUGACAAUUUGUGGAUUCGACGUAGAGCCAAGCUCACUGAGGUCACUCGCUGCUAAGGUGCCAUUUACAGAAAUGGUGGAGGGAGCAUUCGGACUCUGCAGAAGGUUUGAAGAGUGA